AUGGCCAAAGACAAGUCACGGAAACACGCAAAUGGCAAGCGUCAUUCGAGUGUCACUCCGCAGAAAUCCACCCGCCUCACGCAAGACAUUGUCGAUCUCACCAAAACGGACCCGUGGGCUCACCAGGCGAGACGAGCACGGUCUGUCGCGGCGGGCGCCGUUCCCGACUCCGGUUCCAAACUGACACCACUGUCACCAGCCUUUGGCGGGAGAAAAGUUGUGGAUGCAGGAUCGGCACCGCGUCUACAGACCACGAUCGAGGUUCCGCAAGAUCCCAAAUCAAACCCCACCUACAUCUUUCAACAGCUGGCCUUGUCCAAGAAUCGUGCCAACACUCGACCUUCGUUCUAUGGAGCAGUAGGUGCCGAUGACGGCGAAGCUUCGAGCAGGAGUGAUGCCACCGAGCGUGACAGUACUCCGACUCCCGGCCACACAGGGACCAGAGACAAAACUAAGCCAAAGAAGAAGAGGAGGUCUACUGAGGGCAAUGGCAGGGAGCAGCUGCAAGACAGGGGAAAUGAAAAGAGGUCAGCAGACACGGGAAAAGCUCAGCAUCAGGAGAAAGAGGCCAGGCAGCGAGAAGACAAGAAGAAACGCAAGGACGAGAAAAAGAAGAAACAGCCGACCACUCCAACCGAGGCACGACCAGUCGAGUCACGCAAGCGCAAACGUAACGAUGAAGAAGCCGAGGCUUUCAAACGCCGCGUCGAAGUCGAAGCUAAUGCGGUCAAGAGGCUUCGGGAAAGCCUUCCAGCCGUCCGCCUUGAUCGCGUGUCCCGCAGACUUGAACGGGAAGAGGGCAUUAAGCCGACCGAGAUGGCUGUGCUGCUCGUUACCUCUAGAGAAACAAUCAUCGACCUCGCGAGACAGCAGGUGUUGCAAACCGAAAGGGCCCAGAAGACCAUCCAGGACGAGUUGUUGAGAAUACUGAAGGAACAGAAUGAGAGGCUCGUCGAGCUGGAGGGAAAGACCAAACCCAGGGUGACGCCAUUGUUGGUGAAACAUGCUCAGGAGAGGGAGGUCGAGGUGAUUGACGAUAGCUCUUCUUCCUCCUCUUCUGACAACAGCAGCAGUGACAGCGAUGAUGAUGACGAUGACGACGACGACGAAAGUGUACAGGAGUCACAUGUCGGUAGGAAAUCCAAUAACCCCUUGCCAGCGCAGAAACCUCUUGACAGAUGCCCGACUCAGUAA